CCGCAGCCCGCGCUCCGGAUUACCUGCCCCGGAGUCACAGUCCGCAGCCCGGACGCUCCCAGGCUGGAUCCGCGGAGCCCGGAGCCACAUUCCUAGGGGAGGGGUCCCCACCUAGAGGGUCGCGGAUCACGUUACCCGCCAGGAGGAGGAGACCGCGGGAGGCAGAGUAAACAAGGGGAAUUGGAUGAAGUAAUUGAUCACUAAUGAACUACAGUGCUGGUGAGAUGUGUAAGAAAUUAUAAAGAGCUCUGAUGGGCUAUUUGGGUGAUACCCAGUGCAGUGAACUGCAGGAUUUUUGUCCCUGAGUCAUGGAAGACAGAAGAGCGGAAAAGUCAUGUGAACAAGCAUGUGAAUCACUUAAGAGGCAGGACUAUGAAAUGGCCCUCAAGCACUGCACAGAGGCCCUUCUUUCUCUAGGCCAGUACUCCAUGGCAGACUUCACAGGGCCUUGUCCUUUGGAAAUAGAACGCAUCAAAAUCGAGAGUCUUCUCUACAGAAUUGCCUCAUUUUUGCAACUGAAAAAUUAUGUGCAAGCUGAUGAAGAUUGUAGACAUGUGCUGGGAGAAGGACUGGCCAAGGGAGAGGAUGCCUUUCGGGCAGUGCUUUGCUGCAUGCAGCUGAAAGGGAAGCUCCAACCUAUAUCCACCAUUCUUGCCAAGUCACUGACGGGAGAGUCCCUGAACGGGAUGGUAACAAAGGAUUUGACAAGACUAAAAACACUUCUUUCAGAAACAGAGACAGCAACUAGUAACGCCCUCUCUGGAUAUCAUGUGGAAGACUUAGAUGAGGGGUCUUGUAAUGGUUGGCAUUUCCGCCCACCACCUAGGGGAAUCACAAGCAGCGAGGAAUAUACUUUGUGUAAAAGAUUUUUAGAGCAAGGAAUCUGUAGGUAUGGUGCCCAGUGUACUUCAGCACAUUCCCAGGAAGAACUAGCAGAAUGGCAGAAAAGAUAUGCUUCACGGCUGAUAAAAUUGAAACAGCAAAAUGAGAAUAAACAGCUCUCAGGCAGUUACAUGGAAACCUUGAUAGAAAAGUGGAUGAAUUCAUUGUCUCCUGAGAAAGUGCUUAGUGAAUGUAUAGAAGGAGUAAAGGUAGAGCACAAUCCUGACCUGUCAGUUACUGUCAGCACUAAAAAAUCCCACCAGACAUGGACCUUUGCUCUCACCUGUAAGCCUGCAAGAAUGCUGUAUCGUGUAGCAUUGCUUUAUGAUGCUCAUCGUCCUCAUUUUAGUAUCAUUGCAAUAUCUGCCGGAGAUAGUACUACCCAGGUAUCACAAGAAGUCCCAGAAAACUGUCAAGAAUGGAUAGGAGGAAAGAUGGCCCAAAAUGGAUUAGAUCAUUACGUGUAUAAAGUCGGGAUAGCAUUUAACACAGAAAUAUUUGGAACUUUUCGCCAAACCAUAGUUUUCGACUUUGGAUUGGAACCAGUACUCAUGCAAAGAGUAAUGAUUGAUGCAGCUUCUACAGAAGAUCUCGAAUACCUGAUGCAUGCAAAACAGCAGCUAGUAACCACAGCUAAACGUUGGGAUUCUUCCUCUAAGACUAUUAUAGAUUUUGAACCUAAUGAAACUACUGAUUUGGAGAAGAGCCUUCUUAUCAGAUACCAAAUUCCCCUCUCUGCUGACCAGCUAUUUACCCAGUCUGUUUUAGACAAAUCAUUGACCAAGAGCAACUAUCAGUCACGGUUACAUGACCUUCUUUAUAUUGAGGAGAUAGCCCAGUAUAAAGAAAUCAGCAAGUUCAACCUUAAAGUGCAAUUGCAGAUUCUAGCAAGCUUCAUGCUCACUGGCGUUUCUGGAGGUGCAAAGUAUGCUCAGAAUGGACAACUUUUUGGUCGCUUUAAGCUUACUGAAACACUUUCUGAAGAUACUUUGGCUGGACGACUGGUGAUGACCAAAGUCAAUGCUGUUUAUUUGUUACCAGUCCCUAAACAGAAGUUAGGACAGACCCAGGGAACCAAAGAGAAGGUUUAUGAAGCUACUAUUGAAGAAAAAACAAAGGAAUAUAUAUUUUUAAGGCUAUCUAGGGAAUGCUGUGAAGAACUUAAUCUUCGGCCUGACUGUGACACACAGGUUGAACUUCAGUUUCAAUUAAAUCGAUUACCCCUCUGUGAAAUGCACUAUGCACUAGACAGGAUCAAGGACAAUGGGGUUUUGUUUCCAGACAUCAGUAUGACUCCCACCAUACCGUGGAGUCCUAACAGACAAUGGGAUGAACAGUUGGAUCCUCGACUAAAUGCAAAACAGAAAGAGGCUGUUCUGGCCAUUACCACUCCACUUGCAAUCCAGCUGCCGCCUGUACUUAUCAUCGGACCCUAUGGGACAGGCAAAACGUUCACCCUAGCUCAGGCUGUCAAACAUAUUCUGCAGCAACAGGAGACUAGCAGGAUUCUCAUUUGCACCCAUUCUAAUAGUGCUGCUGAUCUCUACAUAAAGGAUUAUUUACAUCCAUAUGUAGAAGCAGGCAAUCCCCAGGCAAGACCUCUCAGGGUAUAUUUCAGAAAUCGCUGGGUAAAGACUGUCCACCCAGUUGUGCAUCAGUACUGUUUGAUCUCAAGUGCACAUUCCACCUUUCAGAUGCCCCAGAAAGAAGAUAUUCUUAAACAUCGAGUGGUGGUUGUUACAUUGAAUACUUCCCAGUACCUCUGUCAGUUGGACCUUGAACCUGGGUUUUUUACACACAUUCUAUUAGAUGAAGCUGCCCAGGCCAUGGAGUGUGAAACCAUUAUGCCUCUAGCAUUAGCAACUCAAAACACUCGGAUUGUCUUGGCUGGUGAUCACAUGCAGCUCAGUCCUUUUGUUUACAGCGAGUUUGCCAGGGAGAGAAACCUUCACGUUUCAUUACUUGACCGACUCUAUGAGCAUUACCCUGCUGAGUUCCCAUGUAGGAUUCUCCUGUGUGAGAACUACCGCUCCCAUGAAGCUAUCAUCAAUUACACCUCUGAGCUUUUCUAUGAGGGCAAACUGAUGGCCAGUGGGAAGCAGCCAGCACACAAAGAUUUCUAUCCACUAACUUUCUUUACAGCACGAGGAGAAGAUGUACAAGAAAAAAAUAGCACAGCUUUUUAUAAUAAUGCAGAGGUGUUUGAAGUGGUGGAACGUGUAGAAGAGUUAAGAAGGAAGUGGCCAGUAGCGUGGGGGAAGUUAGAUGAUGGCAGUAUUGGUGUGGUGACUCCAUAUGCUGAUCAAGUGUUUAGAAUACGUGCUGAACUUCGAAAAAAGAGAUUAUCUGAUGUUAAUGUAGAAAGGGUGCUAAACGUUCAAGGAAAGCAAUUCAGAGUUUUGUUUCUUAGCACAGUACGUACAAGACAUACUUGUAAACAUAAACAGACACCAAUUAAAAAGAAAGAGCAACUUCUGGAAGAUUCCACAGAGGACUUAGAUUAUGGUUUUUUAUCUAACUACAAGCUUCUCAAUACUGCCAUCACAAGAGCACAAUCCCUGGUUGCUGUGGUGGGUGAUCCCAUUGCUCUGUGCUCUAUUGGAAGAUGCAGGAAAUUUUGGGAACGGUUUAUUGCCCUGUGUCAUGAAAACAAUAGCCUACAUGGAAUCACUUUUGAACAGAUCAAGGCCCAGUUAGAGGCUUUAGAGCUAAAGAAGACAUACGUGUUGAAUCCGCUGGCACCUGAAUUUAUCCCCCGGGCUCUCAGACUGCAGCAUUCAGGAAGUACCAACAAACAGCAGCAAUCACCACCCAAGGGGAAAAGUCUUCAUCAUACCCAGAAUGAUCACUUCCAGAAUGAUGGAAUUGUUCAGCCCAAUCCUUCCGUACUCAUUGGCAAUCCUAUUAGAGCAUAUACUCCUCCACCCCCUCUUGGACCUCACCCAAAUUUGGGAAAAUCUCCAAGCCCUGUUCAAAGAAUAGAUCCUCACACCGGGACAAGUAUUCUUUAUGUACCUGCUGUCUAUGGAGGGAAUGUAGUUAUGUCGGUGCCUUUACCUGUACCAUGGACAGGAUACCAGGGUAGGUUUGCAGUUGAUCCUCGAAUUAUUACACAUCAGGCAGCAAUGGCCUAUAACAUGAACCUAUUACAGACACAUGGACGAGGAUCUCCUAUUCCUUAUGGUCUUGGACAUCACCCACCUGUCAGCAUAGGCCAGCCACAAAAUCAGCAUCAGGAGAAGGAUCAACAUGAGCAAAAUCGAAAUGGUAAAAGUGAUACAAAUAAUUCCGGACCUGAAAUGAAUAAGAUUCGAACACCAGAGAAAAAGCCAACAGAACCAAAACAGGUUGAUUUGGAAUCAAAUCCACAGAACAGAAGUCCUGAAUCACGUCCUAGUGUUGCUUAUCCCAGUACCAAAUUUCCUCGCAAAGAUAAUCUCAACCCAAGACACAUAAAUCUUCCCCUUCCUGCUCCCCAUGCACAGUAUGCAAUCCCUAAUCGCCAUUUUCAUCCCCUUCCCCAGCUACCAAGACCACCCUUUCCAAUUCCACAGCAGCACACCUUGUUAAAUCAGCAGCAGAAUAAUUUGCCUGAACAACCAAAUCAGAUGCCACCUCAGCCAAAUCAGGUAGUCCAGCAGCAAAGUCAGUUGAAUCAGCAGCCUCAGCAGCCGCCUCCACAGCUUUCUCCUGCAUAUCAGGCAGGACCCAACAAUGCUUUUUUUAAUAAUGCAGUUGCUCAUCGGCCACAGUCUCCUCCUGCAGAGGCUGUGAUUUCGGAGCAGCAGCCGCCUCCCAUGCUGCAAGAAGGCCACAGUCCUCUGAGAGCCAUUACACAACCCGGCCCCAUUCUUCCUUCGCAUCUGAAUAGCUUCAUUGAUGAGAACCCCCCAGGAUUACCUAUAGGGGAGGCUUUAGAUCGUAUACACGGGAGUGUCACUCUGGAAACAUUAAGACAGCAGCAGGCACGGUUCCAGCAGUGGAGUGAGCAUCAUGCCUUUCUCAGUCAGGGCAGCGUUCCAUACCCACCCCAUCACCAUCCUCACCUCCAGCAUCUUCCUCAGCCGCCCCUGGGAUUACAUCAGCCGCCAGUGCGGGCAGACUGGAAGCUCACCAGCAGUGCCGAAGAUGAAGUGGAGACCACAUACUCAAGGUUUCAAGACUUAAUCAGAGAACUGUCUCAUCGUGAUCAAAGUGAAACACGGGAACUAGCUGAAAUGCCACCACCUCAAUCAAGACUUUUGCAAUAUAGACAAGUACAGACUAGAAGCCCACCAGCAGUCCCAUCUCCCCCAUCCAGUACAGACCACAGUAGCCACUUUUCUAACUUUAAUGAUAACAGCAGAGACAUUGAAGUAGCCAGCAACCCAGCAUUUCCGCAGCGCCUCCCACCCCAGAUAUUCAGCUCACCUUUCUCAUUGCCAUCUGAACACCUUGCCCCUCCUCCCUUGAAAUACCUGGCACCUGAUGGAGCAUGGACUUUUGCUAACUUGCAACAGAAUCACCUAAUGGGGCCAGGUUUUCCCUAUGGCCUACCUCCAUUGCCUCACAGGCCACCGCAGAACCCUUUUGUACAAAUACAGAAUCAUCAACAUGCUAUUGGUCAAGAGCCAUUUCACCCAUUGUCAUCUCGAACAGUAUCUUCUUCUUCGCUCCCUAGCUUAGAAGAGUAUGAGCCCAGAGGACCUGGUCGGCCCUUGUACCAAAGAAGAAUCUCAUCUAGCUCAGUUCAACCUUGUUCUGAAGAAGUAAGCACUCCUCAAGACAGUCUGGCUCAGUGUAAAGAGCUUCAGGACCACAGUAAUCAAUCUUCUUUCAACUUUUCAUCCCCGGAGUCCUGGGUAAACACCACCUCAUCUACUCCUUAUCAGAACAUUCCGUGCAAUGGAUCCAGCAGGACAGCUCAGCCCAGAGAGUUGAUAGCGCCACCCAAGACUGUCAAACCCCCUGAGGAUCAACUGAAGUCGGAGAACCUCGAGGUGUCCAGUUCCUUCAACUACAGUGUGCUGCAGCAUCUCGGCCAGUUUCCACCCCUUAUGCCCAACAAGCAAAUCGCGGAGUCGGCCAAUAGCAGUAGCCCCCAGAGCUCUGCGGGGGGCAAGCCUGCCAUGUCCUAUGCCAGCGCUCUGCGGGCCCCUCCAAAGCCCAGGCCCCCUCCUGAGCAGGCCAAGAAGAGUAGCGACCCGCUGUCUCUCUUCCAGGAACUGAGCCUGGGAAGCUCAUCUGGCAGCAAUGGCUUUUACUCAUAUUUUAAAUAAUCACUUUUUUUUCCCCUCAAGGGAGAAUGUUUUAAUUUCUGUUUGUAUCAGUAGAAUUAAGGUAGUUGGACUUCAUCUAUACAGUUCCCUUUGUUUUAAUAUUAAAUAUGUUCUCACUUAAUUGCUUUGCUGCUAGACUUGCAACUAAUUUUUUUUAAGUAUAUUCCAUUAUUUUGCAUUUUUGAUGUGUCAAAACUUUGACAGCUUUUAUGUAGAAUAAAAAAAUUUUUUUAAUUUGUGUAUUGUUACAUGUGUUUGCAUCAAGCUAGCAGCCAAGAGGUUAAUUGUGCAACUAU